AUGUACAAAUUAAAAUGUUGUGGAGAAAGCAUGCUGACAGUUGAUGAAAUGAAAGAACUAGUGAUAAUAUUCUUAAAGAAAAUAUCAGACACUUAUACGGAUGAUCAAACGAAAUGGCUAGAACAAAUGAAAUCAUCACAGGAACAACAAGGCAAAGCUUUGGAAGAAGCAAUGAAUAAAUAUGAAAAAAACAUUUUAUUUCAUCAUGCUGUAAAAGAACAACAAAUUCUUCAAAAUGAUAAAAAAUUAAAUGAAUGGAAUGAGAAUGUUGAAAAUGCAUACGAAGCACAACAAGAAAUAUUACGUCAAUUUGAAUCCAGCAGAAAAAGGAAUAUAGAUAUAUCUUUAGAAAAAAAUAAUGAAUUAAUAAUAGCUAAAGAUUAUAUAGAUAAAAUCAAAGAAGCUGCAACUGAUAAUAAAUAUGACAAUUCAAAAUGUUUUAUUUAUCCUGCUUCUUCUGCUCCAUGUGGAGCGUGUACAUCAGCAGGGGCAAUAAUUCAUCAUAGGCGAUAUAAAGAGCCAAGACGAAAAAAAGAAUAUUCCCUAUGCUUAUAA